AUGUCUAACGUGCUAAUAUUUAACGUUGGGAGUUCUUCAUUAACUUACAAAGUAUUUUGCUCUGAUAAAAUUGUCUGUAGUGGUAAAGCUAAUAGGGUAAAUGUUACAGGAACAACAAAACCAUUUAUUGAACAUCACUUAAAUGGAAAAGUAAUUAAAGUUGAAACUCCAACACUAAACCACCAACAAGCAGCUGAAUUUAUUAUUCAGUUUUUAAAAGAAAAUCAUGUUUCAAUUGCUUUUGUAGGUCAUAGAUUUGUACACGGAGGUUCUUAUUUUAAAAGAUCAGCUAUUAUUGAUGAGGCUGUAUUAAAAGAACUUAAAGAAUGUUUACCAUUGGCUCCAAUUCAUAACCCAUCAAGUUUUAGUGUUAUUGAAGUAUCUAUGAAAGAGCUCCCAACAACUAAACAAUAUGUUGCAAUUGAUACUGCAUUUCACUCAACUAUAUCACAAGCAGAAAGAACGUAUGCCAUUCCACAACCAUAUCAAAGUCAAUACCUUAAAUUUGGUUUUCAUGGACUAAGUUAUGAGUAUGUUAUUAAUUCAUUAAAAAAUGUUAUUGAUGUUAGUCAUUCUAAAAUUAUUGCUUGUCACCUUGGAACUGGAGGUUCUAGUUGUUGUGGUAUUGUUAAUGGAAAAUCGUUUGAUACUUCGAUGGGAAAUUCUACUCUUGCAGGUCUUGUUAUGUCAACUAGAUGUGGUGACAUUGAUCCAACGAUACCAAUUGAUAUGAUUCAACAAGUUGGAGUAGAGAGAGUUGUUGAUAUUUUAAAUAAGAGAAGUGGACUACUUGGAGUUAGUGAAUUGUCUAGUGAUAUGAGAGAUAUUUUACAUGAAAUAGAAAUUAAAGGUCCAAAAGCCAAAACAUGUCAAUUAGCAUUUGAUGUUUAUAUCAAGCAAUUGGCUAAAACUAUUGGAGGAUUAAUGGUAGAAAUUAGAGGGUUAGAUCUUUUAGUAUUUACUGAUCAAAUGGGAUUAGAAGUUUGGCAAGUACGUAAAGCUAUUUGUGAUAAAAUGAAAUUCCUUGGAAUAGAACUUGAUAAUUCUUUAAAUGAAAAGUCAAUGGGGAAAAAAAUUGAAUUUCUCACAACACCUUCAAGCAAAGUUCAAGUUUGUGUUGCACCAAAUGAUGAAGAAUUAGUUAUUUUACAAAAAGGAAAAGAAUUAUUUCAGUUUUAA